AUGGCUGGAGGGAAGAUAAGGAAGGAGAAGCCAAAGGCGUCAAACCAUUACCAAGGAAACAUAUCGUUCCACAAAUCGAAAGGUCAGCAUAUACUAAAGAACCCUUUGCUUGUGGAUUCGAUCGUUCAGAAAGCUGGGAUUAAGAGUACCGAUGUGAUUCUCGAGAUCGGUCCUGGAACUGGAAACUUGACCAAGAAGCUACUAGAAGCUGGUAAACAAGUUAUCGCCAUCGAGCUCGAUUCCCGUAUGGUUCUUGAGCUUCAACGCCGUUUUCAAGGAUUCUCUAACCGCUUAAAGGUGAUUCAAGGUGAUGUGCUUAAGACCGAGCUGCCGCAUUUUGAUAUAUGUGUUGCUAUCAUUCCCUAUAAGAUAUCAUCUCCUCUCACUUUCAAACUUCUCUUCCAUGGGACAAGCUUUAGAUGUGCUGUGAUCAUGUACCAGAGGGAAUUCGCAAUGAGACUCGUUGCUCGGCCUGGUGAAAAUCUCUACUGUCGUCUAUCUGUUAACACUCAGCUCUAUGCAAGAGUCUCACACCUCCUCCAAGUGGGAAAGAACAAUUUCUGCCCUCCGCCGAAGGUGGAUUCUUCGGUUGUCAGAAUCGAACCAAGGAAGCUUGGACCUCAAGUUAACAAGAAGGAGUGGGAUGGUUUCUUGAGAGUCUGUUUCAUUAGACUGAACAAAACCUUGGGAUCAAUUUUUAAGCAAAAGUAUGUUCUUUUGAUGCUGGAGAAGAACUUCAAGACUCUUCAGAAUGUUCUUGGUUCGUUUCACAACAAUGGCUCGAUUGGAGAAGCUGCCAUGGAUCUUGGUGACCACAGCAUUGGAAUUGAAGAUGAACACGAAAAUGAGAUGGAUGAUGAUGAUGAUAUGGACAUGGAUGAUGGAGAAGGAAAAACAUCUGAGUUCAAGGAGAAAGUUAUAAAUGUGUUAAAGGAAGGUGGUUUCGAGGAGAAGAUAGCUUCAAAGAUGUCACAACAAGAGUUUUUGUAUCUUCUUUCGUUGUUCAACAAGUCUGGUAUUCACUUCACAUAGUUUGUAUGGUAGGAAAGUUUUAACCUUUAUUAUUAUAAUUGACGCUCUCAUCAAAGGUACAAUGCUUUGAUGGAAAG